AUGCGUACUACCAUUCUCGCAGCAGGCUUCGUCCUCGGCUCAGCCAUAGCCUUACCGCACGACCAUCAUGAUCCUGGCCAUCACGGCAAACACCACGGUGUACCAUCACUCACCGGCUUCCCUCCCAUCGGGACUGGUACUGCCCCACUUGGCACAGGCACCGGCAUCGCAAAUGCCACUGGUGGUCUUUUCCACGCCCUCCCCGUCAGCGGAAGCCAUGAUCUUGAAAACGCCCUCGAAGGCCUCAACGUCCCGAAAACCGGUCAAGCAGUCCCAACAGCCGCCGCUGCAAUCGAAGACAAGCACGACAGCAGCGGAGGUGACGACUGUAACGCCGCCACCGUCACCGUGACAUCCAACUCCAUCGUGACAGUGACAGUCGACGGCUCCGGCUCAGGACCAGCAGCCAGCUCCGCAUCACCAGUCAAGAACGUGGCUCCAAGCCCCAUCGGCCCAGCCAAGGGCACCACCCUACCUUCUACCGACACCGACGACACUGCCCCCUUAGCUGCACCCUCAAAAUCAUCGACACCAAAAGCCGCUACGCAACAACCCAGCGGCAACACGCAACAAUCACCCGCCUCAAACGAAGAAGCAACGCCAGCCAAACCUGCCUCGUCCUCCGCCGCGCCCGCAACUCAGUCCGCAACCCCCGACGACACAACAGACAACACCACCACCGCCCCUGCCACUGGCGGCGGCUCCACCGGCGCCCUCGCUUUCAAAACCAAACGCGGCAUCAUAGCCUCCGGCUCCUCCUCCGAACAACUCGCCGCCGCCUUCGCCAACACCAAGCUUUCCUGGCUCGGAAACUGGUACUCCGGCCCGCCUCACAGCCUCCCCGCCUCUUUGACCUUCGUCCCGCAGAACUACGGCAAACAAUCCGACAUAAACGGUGAAUGGACGAAGAACGCCCAACAAGCGGUGGCCAAAGGCGAUAAAUACUUCCUCUCCUUCGGCGAGCCAGGGACCCCCAACGACAAACUGCACAUGGAGCCCGCCGAGGCCGUGCAACUCUGGCGCGACAAAAUGGAGCCCUUCGCCAAACAAGGCGUCACGAUCGGCGCCCCCGGCACACUGCAAAACACACAAGAUUUCGACUGGCUUAACAAAUUCAUCGACGCCUGCACCGGCUGCUCCAUCGGCUUCAUCGCGCUACAUUGGUUCGACAAGGCCGGCGCCGCGCAAGUACCCGGCUUCAAAGAGACCGUGGGCAAAGCGAAGGUCAUUGCGGAUAAAAUCGGCAAGCCGGUGUGGGUGGACAAUUUCUCCGCGGACGGCGAUGCUGCUGCGCAGAAGGAGUUUCUCGGGGAGGUGGUGCCGUGGUUGGAACAGCAGAGUUAUGUUCAGGCGUAUGGCUAUGUGCCGCCUGAAGUGGGCAAGGCGGGUGCUGGGGGGAAUAUGAUUGGCGGGGAUGGGAAGUUGAAUGAUCUUGGUCAAUAUUACGCUACCCUGUGA